GAGAUAAAAAGUUUGAGGUGGCGGCCGGCCAGGGUGAAGUUGGAAGAGUUGUAGGCAGGGGGAGGCAUCUUGAAAGAGUCAAACCCUUAGAGAAAAUGACCGACGCAGAAGCGCAAGGCGCCCUACCGCCGGCACCGGUGGCGGUGGAGGUGGAGGAAGAGCCACAACCUGAGAGAAAAGUGAUAGCCACACUCGUGCAAGGCACAGUUAAGUGGUUCAACGUACGCAAUGGAUAUGGCUUCAUCAACAGAAAUGACACCAAAGAAGAUGUAUUUGUCCAUCAGACGGCGAUCAAGAAAAACAACCCAAGGAAAUUCCUACGUAGUGUGGGAGACGGCGAGAUUGUGGAGUUUGACGUUGUUGAGGCAGCCAAAGGCUCCGAGGCAGCUAACGUGACUGGCCCUGGGGGAGUACCAGUCAAAGGCAGUCGCUAUGCCCCAAACAAACGCCGCUUCCGUAGGCGCUUCUACCCCCGCGGAACACGCCCCGGCGGAGACAAGUCUGGAGAGAGCUCUGCCGGUCCCGCGUCCGAGGGUGAGGGGACCACUGACAACGGGGCACCUCAGGGUGUCCCUCGACGCAGGCGACCUCGCAGGCGUACGGUCAGCCAGACGGCAGAAGGAGAUGGAGUGGAGCAGAAGAAUGGGACAGUGGAGGGUGGAGAGCCGAGGCCGCGACCUCGACGGUUCAGGCCACCAUACCGCAGACCAUUCCGGCCUCGCCCACCCCAGGGUGAGCAGCAGCCCCAGGCCCCAGCGGACGGCCAAUCGGAGGCCCCGAAGGAGACCCCAAAAGAGCCUCAAGCCAAUGGGGAGCAAGGACAGGUUCAAGGCCAGAGACCCCGCAAACAGUUCAGCCGCCGCAGACAAAGGAAUUCAGAAUCCACCACUUCCAAAGAUGACUCUGAUAAGCCCAAGGAAGAGCCAGGGUCGCCUGUUCCAGCGUUCAAGGCACCUGAGGUCAAGACCUCCCCCAAAACCUCGUCAAAGACCUCCCCCAAAUCAGGAGAGACACCUGCCACCACAGUUGCUGCUGCACCCUCGGAGUGACGCUCGUGAGUGGACCGCAUCACGUGACCCCGGAAAGAGGUGGGGCCCUGGUGUUCAAACGGCGUAACUAUUUGAGGGCCGAAGGGUGGAGCACUGUUUUUGCACCCUUUCUGUUCUUUAGCAGCUGCAAGUGCCUGUGCGCCAAAUUAAGGAGUUAUACUGUGGCCAGCUUUGAGUGAUUUGGCCACUUGUGAUAUGGUAAGAGUAGAGUAUCGCUCGGCACACGUGAGCGUUGUAUAAUGGUGCCUCGACAAUUUCCAGCGGUUCAAAAAUUCAAAUGAGUGUUGCAAGUGAGAUUCAAUUUGACUAAAUCACAGCGUCCGUUUUAAGACUCACCUGUGAUUGCAGGUGUGUAAUUUGCUUGCCAAAUUGAAUGUCCAAACGCUGUGAGGUCCCCUGAUUUUUGGAAUUUGGCCCUUGUUGUGGCAGGUUGGGAGAUUUCAUUUAAUUACUUUUAGUCUAUCGGGUAUCCUGCUCUUAUUGGCCUCUAAUGUGAAAACCUUCCCCUCUCCCAACAUUUCCUCUUUUUGUGUGUUUGUCUGUGUACAUCUCUGUUUACCUCUUGUCUCUUAGGUUCCAUGGUGCGUGAACUGAGAGUUGAACCUCACCUUUACUGUCAUAACCCCCUACACGCCCACCCACACACCUACACCUACAUCUACAUCUGUCACUGCACACGCUAUGCUCCCCUCCUGCUCACAUCUUCAUGUUCUCUCCAAACCUUGUUCCCCCCCCCCCCCCCCCCCCCCCAUUGCUCCCUCCCUCUCCUGGUGCCCUGGGAAGAACACAGAGGGGGGGGGGGGGCGACUCAUUUGGAGUGUAAAAGUGUGAUUUAGAAAGCAAAAAGAAAAGGAAGAAAUUAAAAUAAAAAUAGAAACUGCACCAAGUUGAGCCCUGCUCGGAUGACCCGUGAAUUAUAACGCCCCCACACAUUUAACCAACUCGUUUAAUCUAAUCAUUUGGGGGUAUGCAGGCUUUUGAGAAGACAACCAGCCCUGUUUUUGCUGUUUAAGUUCAUCAACAAGGGGGUGGAAAAUUGACAUGAGUGUGUUUCAGGUGCUGAUUUGCUCACUGAGUUGGCAGUCACCUUUUCCCCUGUUAGGAGAAGCUAAUGUAUUCUGCCCUUGUCCCUUUGUUGGAAUCAUACGCCAGCUGGUUGAUUGUUUUAUGUUUUCUCUUUCUUUCCUUAUUUUCGGUCCUCCGAUGCCUUAUUUUUCUAGGCCCUUUUCUUUGGAGGGGAUUAUGUGCAAUUGUCAGUUUACUAAAAUGUCUAGUAAAUAAUAAAUACUUGUGCAAAACCAACAA